AUGUCUAAGACGAGCUACAGGCAACAAUCGUGGCCUGAAUAUCCUUCAAAGGAUAGGUAUAGGUCUGGCAUUUUCAGUCCUGGCAUUUGCAAUUGCUGCAUUAGUAGAAAGAAGAGGUUAAGAAUGGUUGAAUCAGCGCUAUCUCCAUCAAUGACUCUGAGUGUGCUCGGGCUAGCUCCUCAGACUAUAAUCCUGGGAAUUGCAGAGACAUUUUCUCUCGUGGGUUUCCAAGAGUACUUGUAUGAGCAGAUGCCUGAUUCAAUGCAAAGUUUAGGGAUGGCAUUUUAUCUGAGUGUGAUUGAAGUUGGACGCCAUAUUAGUUGCUUCCUCGCAUCUCUGGUAGUGCUAAUCAGCGAGAUGUUUGGGACAAGUUGGAUCGGCGAAGAGUUGAACAGCAGUCGGUCGAAUAAAUUAGAUUAG